UCGGGUCGCCUCAGGCGUCGUCAACUCGCCGCCGCGCCGUGUAACCGCGUCGGCCGUCGGCAUCGGUCGCUGUCUCGUUGCGGCAGCGUCGCAGGCUGCCGCUGUCCGCUGAGGCGGGCCUGAGAAGCAGGCGUCAGGGGCCGGGGCGCAGUCACGCGAAGGCAACGCAGGGUCGCCGCCGGCAGCAGCACGGUGCAGCCGCGCAGGCACAGGCACGCAGCAUGCAAGCAGCUGCUUUCUGCUGCUGACGGCACUGGGCUGGGCAGGGCAAGCGCCAAGCAGAAGCAUGCGAGCAGCACUGCGGCAGGGGGCAGCUAGGAGCCCGGGACUCGGGAAGUGAUUCGUAAAUUUGUUAGUUUGACAAUCAAGAAGAAUAGAAGAUACAAUUGAUACAUGGUUUUGCGGAGUAGUGGCAAAUUAUUCAUAUUGUCUGUGUUCCUCUCAUCUAGCACUAACAUUCAAUCUUCAUUUUAUUGAGCAAGUAUAACAUCGGACCAGGCAGGAUAACUGGGCCAGACUGUGUUGAGACCAAAUGGGCCAGGAUUUUACAAUUGGGAACCCGCCCAGCUUUACUAGCCGAGAUGGACUCUGACCCACUCCCCUCCGUCGCCGCCGCCGCCGGCGACGCCACCGCCGACCAGACUCCUCCCCGUCGCGCCGUCUGCCACUCCGGCUGCGGCCGCCCGUCCAGCGUCUGCCUCUGCCCGUACCUGCCCCCAUCCCCGCUCCCCACCUCCACCGCCGUCGUCAUCCUCCACCACCCGCACGCCGUCCGCCGCAACCCCCUCUCCACCCUCCCCUUGCUCGCACGCUCCCUCUCCAACCUCCGCCUCAUCCCCGGCCGCCGUCUCCUCCCUUCCUCCGCCCCCCUCAUCGCUCGCUCCCCUUCGAGCCCCGUCCUCCUGCUCUUCCCUUCGCCGGACGCCGCCGACCUCGCUUCCUGGUGCCGGUCCACGCCUCCCGCCGCGCGCGCCAACCCGACGCUGCUGCUCCUCGACGGGACAUGGAAGCAGGCCAAGGAGAUGCACGCCGCCAGCCUCCCGUUCCUGUCCUCCUUUGUCGUCCCCGUGUCGCUGCCCGUGGACUGCGGCGUGGACGGUGACAGCAUGUUUGAGUCGGAGCUCGUGGUGAGGAAGGAGCCGUACAAGGGGUGCAUGAGCACAAUGGAGGCCGUUGCGAGGGCCCUGCGUCUGCUGGAGCCGGAGGGGAGUGGCGCAGAGAUCGAGCAGGCGAUGGUGGAAGUGCUCCAGGCGAUGGUGGCCUUUCAGGCCAAGCACGUGCAGCACCGACCGAUGAAACCGAGAGUGAAGAUGAGGAAGAAGAAGGAUAUCAAGAAGGAGGAGGGGAUGAAUGGAAUGCCGGAUUGGUGUGGCUGAAGUAUUUGUUGACAGAGGACAUAGGGAGCUCAGUAUGAACUGCUUCUGUGGAAUUUGCUCCUUUUUGAGGAUAAUGACAGUCACCAAUGACCAAGGUUUGAUCUCUCUUUUGGAAGCUAGUCUAGAGCUGCUAGUUCUACAAUACAUGCCUAACCCCCAAGUCCUAACUCUGUGCUGAAAAUACUUUUGCUGAAUCUUCAUCCUUGGAAGGAACAUGGAAACUAUUUGUUGCAGACUUUGCAUUUGUCCAGAAGAAACAACAAUUGUUUGUGCUACUAGAUAGUUGGGUCUGUGGGCUUACACUUUGCACUGAACCAUUCAUGAUAAUUAAAGAAGUGUUAGUUAUUAAAUUGGCCAAGCUAAAGUCGACUACAUUGCAAAGGGGAGCUUUCCUGUAUCAUGAUUCAUGAAUGUCCUUUCUGUUCACGAAUUCAGAGAAUGUGCUGAACUCCUGCUUGGGUUUUAUUCACUCAAUGUAAUGGCAUACCCGACUUAUGUGUUCUUGGGAGCUAGCAUCUUAAUAGGUGCAACUGUUACAUCAUGGGUAUGCAUGGAUGGCCAUCUACAUAUGUGUUCUUUAGUAUGCCUUCCCUGUCCUUUAAAAGUUGUCCUUUUGAGCGAUGUCAGGAGGUAUUUUAUGUCAGUAAACUCCAUGGGCUUUUGUUAUGUCACCGUGUAU